AUGCCUCCUCUUCUACAGCCUAUGGUUCAAAGCUUGUUUAUUGACAAAGAGGACAUCAGGGAAGAAAAGAAACAUCAUUCCCACUCCAAGAGGAAAAGGGAAAUUGGCCGCUGGGCUCUUCGCGCCGCGCACCUCUCCCCGCUCCCCCGCGGCGGGCGCGGCGAAGUUCAGCACCUCGGAAAGCGCCCCCUCUCCCGGCGCGGGGGUUACGCAGGCUCCUUGGGAGCCCGCGGCCUCGGUUUGGCGGGUGGGAAUGCAACUCGCGGGAACGCUGCGGGCAACUCCCUGGGAGCUGACAACAGCGGAGAGACGGAGACGCGAAGCAGCGAGGGCAGCAUCGAAAGCCCUCCAGAGAGUCAGAGCGAGGUACAGAACUCUGUUCAGAAACGUCGUCCGCGCAGCUGCGGAGGAAAGCGACAAAGGUAUUUGAAAGAGAAGGAGAGAGCCCCCAAUAGCGGCCUUGAGCAGCAGGGCGGGUAUGCGCUAAGGCACCUGCGCAGGCAGGUGGCCGCUGCAGCCGCGAAAGCCACCAUGAAUAAGGCGGCUGGCGGGGACGAGCUCGCAGAACUCUUCAGUCUGAUCCCGGACCUUCCGCAGGUGACCAACACUAGCGGCAACGCGUCGCUGCAGCUCCAGGACUUGUCGUGGGAGCUGGGGCUAGAGUUGCCGGCCGGCGCGGCGCCAGGGCAUCCCCCCGGCGGCGGGGCAGAGAGCGCGGACGCCGAGGCCCGGGUGAGGACCCUCAUCAGCGUGGUGUACUGGGUGCUUUGCGCGUUGGGGCUGACGGGCAACCUGCUGGUGCUCUACCUGAUGAAGAGUAGGCAGGGCUGGCGCCAGUCCUCCAUCAACCUCUUCGUCACCAACCUGGCGCUGACGGACUUUCAGUUCGUGCUCACCCUGCCCUUCUGGGCUGUGGAAAACUCCCUCGACUUCAGACGGCCUUUUGGCAAGGCCACGUGUAAGAUCGUAUCCACAGUGACGUCCGUGAACAUGUACGCCAGCGUCUUCUUUCUCACCUCCAUGAGCGUGGCGCGCUCCUCGGUGGCCUUGGCUCUUAAGAGCCACCGGACCCGAGGGCACGGCCGGGGCGACUGCUGCGGCCGGAGCCUGGGGGACAGCUGCCGCUUCUGGGCCAAAACACCGUGCGUGUUGAUCUGGGCCUCGGCCGCGCUGCCCAAAGCCAUCUUCUCCACCACGAUCGAGGUGAUGGGCGAGGAGCUGUGCCUGGUGCGCUUCCCGGGCAAGUUGCUGGGCCGCGACAGGCAGUUCCGGCUGGGCCUCCACCACGUGCAGAAGGUGCUGCCGGGCUCCGUGCCGCCGCUGGGCAUCAUCAGCCUGUGCUAUCCGCUGCUGGUGCGCUUCACCUGCGACCACCGCGUGGCAGGGACCGAAGUAGGAGCCUCAGCAGCCGGGGCAGGCCUGGCCAGAGCCAGCGCCCGGAGACUCUCCAAGGCCACCAAAUCAGUGACCAUCGUGGUCCUAUCCUUCGUCCUGUGUUGGCUGCCUAAUCAGGCACUCGCCACCUGGAGCAUCCUCAUCGAGCUCAACGCGGUGCCCUUCAGCCAAGAGUACUUCCUGUGCCAGGUAUACGCGUUGCCGGCGAGCGUGUGCCUGGCGCACUCCAACAGCUGUCUCAACCCCAUCCUCUACUGCCUCGUGCGCCGUGAGUUCCGCAAAGCGCUCGAGAAUCUAUUGUGACGCCUCGCGUCGCCUUCUCUCACUAGCAUGGGCCCUUUCGCCGCCGCCAACAGGCCGGAGCCCGACAUGCUCUACUAUCCGCCCGGCGUGGUGGUCUACAGCGGGGGGCGCUACGACCUGCUGCCCAGCAGCUCCGCCUACUGA